AUGAAGACUUUGUACGCUUUGAUUGAAAGGUGCGCGGGACAGAGCAGCGUUUUGUAUCAAAUUGGGGAAAAUCGAAUAUGUGUACAAACCACUUAUAUUUGUUACAACUUGUUUAAACGUUGUCGAUCUGCGCCUCUAUUUUGCGCAACCUGAAUGA